AUAAAAACUUUUAUUAUCAAGUUUUACUGCUUUUAAUCUAAACAAUAGGGUGUUUUCAAAUAAAACUAGAUAGAAUGGUCAAAGGUUGAUCAAAAGUAAAAGGAGUGCAAAAUUAGUGCAUGGAGAAUCACACUGAGCCACAUUGCACUCAAAUGUCUGUUUUUGUGGCUGGUGUUCUGUUGGGAAAAAAAAUUACGUAAAAGAACAAUCAAACACUUGAUUGUGAGAAAAUAGGAGCAUGUCUAUUAGAAUACUCACUGGUAAAGAACUAGUAUGCUGAGAAGCAGCUGGUGGUUUUAUUGUUGUAGAGGACUGAUUGCCAAUUGACCGAAUUGUAGAGCUGUUCACCAUGGUCCAAAAAGAUGUAAAGUCUCUGACAAAUGUCACACUGAAAGGGCAUAGAAAUAAUGCAGAAUGAUAAUCAAGUGUUUAAUUUGAAGAGAUUAAACAAGAGUUAAACACAUACAAGAACUGAAUAUCACCCGAGGAGGAGUUUGCCGGUGCUUCCCAUGUAGCCUCAUACUGGGAUUUCUUGUCUGCAGAUGCUUGGCUGAGAGUUGAGUUCUGAAGGCCAAAAUCAGAGCGUUUCCAUGACUCAUGCCUCAUUUUAGCGUUAAAGCAAAUACUGCACCUAAUAUUUAAAUGUCUACAUUGAAUAGGAAUGAGAAAUUGAAUGCAUUAGCUACAUCUUAAAAUAACAAUAAAGCACCUCUAUGUUGAAGCAGUUCAGGGCACGGGAUUGGUUGAUAUUUAUUGAUGUAAAGUGUCCCACUGCAGUUUUUCCAUCCACCUCUCGAGCCUGUAACAUGAAGCCUUGGAAUUCGGAGGCAUUCUCUGCCGCCUGCAGGGUUACUGAGAGUUAAACACAGAGAAGUGUGUUGACCUCUCCAGGUCUGUUGGCGUAACUUGAGUUGACCCCUGCUUCUUACAUAAUCAUGAGCUUUUCAUCACUGAGGAAACUACAAUAGUAAUAAUUUGAGACCAUGAAAUUACCAAGUACAUCUGAUCUCUGAUUUCGUAUGAAUUCAUAUAAAUUUGAAUAAAAACUACUUUUUUAAACAGAUAUAUAAAAACGUGAAUGAAAUUGUACAAAUUUGUACGAAUUCAUACAAAUUAGCCACCAAUUCACCAAAGUGUAAAAUGGUUACAAAUUGCCAUGAGAUUGUUGGAAUUUACGCUUAAUAAUACAGCAUAAUUUCAAAGUGUUAAGGUAGAUUUGCUUAGAGAAUCAGAAGAAAAUCCCAGUAAAUUAAAAAAUAUAUAGUUUUGAGCCAUCUAUGUUAGUGUACUCAUACAUUUAAAAUAAAUAAAUAAAUAAUUAAUUGAUUGAUGUACACAUUUAAAAUAAAAUAAUAAUGAUUUAUCCUGCACUGUGCAGAAUUUUGUCCAAUCAAAUGCAGGAAGAAUGAAAAAGUCACUCCCCCAAUACCAUCUGCAACUGAUAGCAUAGUCUAUUGGUUAUUCUUUGUUAUUUGAUAUGAUCUGCCUGAAAACCCUGUUUUAAUAGGAAAAACAUCAGCAUAAGAGGAAGACUCUGCUUGUCCAUCUUUAAAAAUCUCACUCAUUUAAAGGAUAAGUUCAUCCUAAAAUGAAAAUUUGCUGAAAAUGUACUCACCAUCAGGCCAUCAUUGCUGACCAAUGUGAAUGGGUGCACUGCUGAUAAAAGCUUAACAAUAAUCCACAAGUAUUCCACAUGACUCCAUCAUUUUAACUUUAAGCUGUCAUUUCUGGCCAAAAUACCUUAAUAAUAACGCUUAAUAACCUCCAGAGAAAAAGUCCAUGUUGUCCAUUCAUAUCAAAAACCACCAAUAUAUUCAUCUGAAACUGUUUUGUUUGUAAACAGUGCUUCUGUGUGUAUUUCUCUCCUAAUUCAGAUGAGAUAACUUUUUUUUAAUUGGAGAAAGCAAUAUUAUGUAUAUUUUAGAUGCCCUAAUGAUCCAUUUGUUUAUUACAAACAUCCAGCUUUUCAAUUCACAAGAUGUUAAUAGAUGUUCUGGAGUCAUGUUGUGGAUUAUGUUGUUUUUACCAGCUGGUUGAACUCUCAUUCUGACAGCACCCAUUCACCGCAGAUGCAAACUCAUAUACAUCUUGGACGGGCUGAGGGUGAGUCAAUUUUCAGCAAAUUUACAUUUUUGGGUUAACUAUUCUUUUAACAAUGGAUUCUUUUAUCAAUAAACUUUAAUUAAAAAGCUAAUAUCUAAAAACCCAUAAAGAAACAGCAGCAGUUAGAAACUGCCCUCACCAGUGAUGGUUUGUCCUGGUGUGAAUGUGGUGCUGUUCACAGAGACUUUGUAAGGAGAGCUGCUUAUUUGGGACUCAAAGCCAGUGUGGUUGGGGGUCAUGCUUUGACAAGAAUCCUCCACUCGCCCAUUGGAGUAAGCCGUGACCCUUCUCACGCAACACAAACACAACAGCAGGAGAAUUUCAACGUGCAUCUAAAAAACAACAACAUGCUUAUUUAUCUGAUUGAUUGAUUGAUUGAUUGAUUGAUUGAUCAAUGGAACAGCAUGAAAUGGUAAACAGAGUUUGAGAUAAUGAAGCGAAAUAAAUAAAUUACUUUAGUUUACUGUAUGUAUUUUCGUAGCAUGAAGCAGUGGAACAAAUAAAAUAUGUUUAAAAAUGACCCCUUUCUUCUUCUAUUGUUUUCCCUUUACUUACUAAGUGUUCUUCGGCAGUUAGAUUCUAAUUCAAAGACAGCAAAGUAAACUUACUGUGUAAGAGUGAGAUGUUUGCUCCUCCAGAAGCAGCAGUGGGACUGUGAAGUAGUUUGAAGGCUCUUUCUUGACGAAGUAAGGAAAUAUCUAUCCCAUAAAUACAGACUGAUUGAAUUUCAAGUGGGUGUAAAAACUUUUGUUUGUGACUUUGAAUGCAUAGCAUGUGUCCCAACUUUAUAUUGUGUUCUAGUUUUUAGGUUUUUCCUUGUAAAUGUCAUUCAGCGAGUGUUUAGAUUUCCCACAGAGCAAGGCUUUAUAUGAUUUAUAACACGUCACAAUUUUAUGUUCACUAAAUGUCCUGAAAGCCACAAGAUUAUGCUUAAUAUCUUUUAGAACAUGUGUAGUCCAUGUACUGACACAGGGCUAUAUAAAUAAACUUUAAUAAUAAAUACACAGAUUCUAUUUUCAACAUAGAGUUAAAUAGAGUUAAAUAGAAUUUAAAAUAAAUUUAGCAUGCUGUUCAUCUUUGGAGCUUGUUGCUAUGAUAAACUUCUUAAAGCUUUAUUUGAAAGAGAAAAACUGCUGAAAAUUGACUCUCGCUGGUUUAUUGAACUGCUAAAUGAUGUGCUAUAUACACUAUAUAUAAACACAUGGUUCUACAAAGGGUUCUUAAAAGCUAAUAUACUGUAAGCCUGUCUGUUUUUUAGUUAAAUGACUGAAAGUAGGCCAAGGAACCUGGCAACCCAUUUGCACGUGAUGAAUCAGACUUCUUAUCGCAAGAAUUGUAUCCAAUAAAAUUUACUCACGUGUGCCAUAUAAAUGGAAUAAAAUCUAUAACACCAGAAUGCACAUUCGUGUGAUCUCUGUUAUACGAGUUUCAUAAAAGCACUGAACUCUAUUCAUCCAUUAUUACACUUCUAAGAAGCACAACAGAUAUGAAAGAUUUACAUGAAAAAUGUUUUAUUUCCACUUUUAUUUCACUUAUCCACGCCUCCCUUUACUUUAUGAUUUUCCCUUAUCAAUAAAGAUGUUUUCCUGUCUGCUCAUUGUUCACCUUCCUGGUAUCAAGCGCAUAUAAAACCCUCUCAUUCCUGACACACAUCAGCUGUACUGAUAUUUUCUGGAAAGCAACUCAACAUCGCUGUUUGAAGAUGAAUAAACUGUUUCUCAUCCUGGUUUUUGGGCUGAAUCUUCAUGCUGUAACUGCAUUCAGCAAUGGAGGGGUGACUCUGGCAUGCAUGUCUAUGACUCCUAAUCAUAGAAAUAAUACUGCCUCUAUGUUAGAGCCUCCAUAUAGUGUCACCACAGACGUCUCAAACUACACACAGGGUCAGGUGAUCACAGUGACACUGCAAGCAAAUGAGACUGCGUUCAAGGGCUUUCUUCUUCAGGCCAGGGAUGAGACGGGUCCAGUAGGAACUUUCACAGUCAUGGGAAGCGAUGCUCAAUUACUCAACUGUGGAACAGAGGGCUCAGCUGUCAGUCACAGAUCAAAUGUUAAUAAAUCAACUAUUGUGGCUCAAUGGAAAGCUCCUAACACCAACAACGCAGAUAUUUCGUUCAGGGCAACAUUUGUGCAGAGUUUCUCUCUCUUCUGGGUUGGCGUUCAAAGUGAUCCUGUUAGAUUCGUGGGCACAAAUACAACAGUCCCCCCACCCCAAACGACAACUCACAACUCUAGUCCACCCCAAAUGACAACUCACAACUCUAGUCCACCCCAAAUGACAACUCACAACUCUAGUCCACCCCAAAUGACAACUUACAACUCUAGUCCACCCCAAAUGACAACUCACAACUCUAGUCCACCCCAAAUGACAACUUACAACUCUAGUCCAUCAGUGUCUCUCGCAAUCUAUCUUCUUCUUUUACCUCUGCUGGCAAGUGGCAAUUAUAUAAAAACUGGAUGA